AUGCCUCCGCCUGCCGCCACGGGUGGGAUCUCCAGGAGAACCAGCAGAUUUCUUCCACCUCAGCAUCCCAGCAUUGGGCGCUAUCGCUCGGCGCUGGCAGAGUACCAGUCCAAUCAGCCAGCCAAAAGCAGCGCGUCAAAAGUCAGGCCCAAGAAUCCAUACUCACCUAUAGUUCCCGUGAAGAGGCCGCUGCCCGAGGAUGACGGGCUGUUUGCUGACGAGAACAUGUCCAUCAUGCGCGACGAUCGCUCGUUCAUGGACUUACUGUCCCCGACAAAGCUAGAGAGCACUGCCUACGACUCUAAAAGCGCCGUUAUAGAGUCCGGCCGCAGAGACAUUCUAUCUUCCUUGUCUCGCGCAAGUGGCACUGCAGCAUUGGAAGUUGAAUCUCGUGUCCGCCAGUCUCUACUGCCUGUAGAGACCAGGAGUGAGGUGCAAAGCACAGGCAACAUUGGCGCUGGCAGGCACUCUAGCUUCAGCCGGACUGAUUACGAGCGCGACUCUGCCAAACCGCAACCGAGGGAGCCAUUCGAAAGAAGCAUGGCAGCCGCUAGCGAGAGCCUGGAGCCCUCGCCAAUCGCACAGCCGCUGCAGUCGGAUCGCAGCUCUAUGGAUCUAGGCCUGUCCGCCACUCUCCGGCCAAGCACCGCUCGUCUCAGCUGUUCGAAAACCUGCAAAGGCACCGUGCCAACGCCAACGCCAACGCCAAAGGCUGCUUUUGCAGUGCAAACUGAGACUGCUCUGCCGCCAGAUACGGCGACUGCGGCAGUACGGGCACCAGCUGCCAGCACGGCAGGCUUGGGCUCGAUCAGCAGCAGCGUCCUCCAGAACCUGCUAUCCGACGCGCUGGCGCCCCUGCGUGAGCAAAUAAGCGGCGAGAUCCGCAACCUGCACCUCGAUAUGAUUCGGCAGAACUUCGUGUACCAAGAACAAAUUGAUGCGCUGCGGCAAGAGUGUAAUGAGGCCAAGGUACUGCGGCAAGAGAUGGAGCAGCUCCGGCGCGAGAACGAACAGCUCAAGCGCUACGUCCCUUUCUACAACUUUGUUGAAGAUGGCAAUGCCCGGCCCGCCAAACCCAACAACGAUAGAGUUCCUGACGCUGCCCGCCCUGUCUGAAGCGAGAGGACAAAAAAGGGAAGUGCAUAUUUUUCGGCACGAGGAUGAGAUGCUUUUUUAAUUGGCAAGAUAACCUUCUCUUCUCACGCUCGGGUUGUCCGCGAUUCCUUAUCGCAGCCGUCGCCAUAUCGCCUGCUGCAUUUUCGGUGAUCAAGUGCAUGCAACCUUUUCCUUUCU